GCCGGAAGAAGGUCGGUGUUCAGUGCGGGAUUCCUCGUGUCCGCUCAGCGCUGUGUUCUGGCCGGCUGCACGUGAACCCCAUGUCGUCCCGGCAGGCUCCCGAGGAUGAGCAGCAGGGCGGCGGCGAUCCCUCCGGGGACCUCCGCAGCGUCCUGGUUACCAGCGUGCUCAACCUCGAGCCGCUAGACGUGGAUCUGUUCAGAGGAAGACAUUACUGGGUACCCACAACCCAGCGGCUGUUUGGGGGUCAGAUUGUGGGCCAGGCCCUGGUGGCUGCAGCCAAGUCUGUGAGUGAAGACGUCCAUGUGCACUCUCUGCACUGUUACUUUGUACGGACAGGGGACCCAAAAGUGCCGGUGCUGUACCAGGUGGAGCGGACGCGAACAGGGACGAGCUUCUCAGUGCGCUCUGUGAAGGCUGUGCAGCACGGCAAGCCCAUCUUCAUCUGCCAGGCCUCCUUCCACCAGACUCAGCCCAGCCCUGCGCGGCACCAGUUUUCCAUGCCCAACGUGCCCCCGCCCGAACAGCUGCUUGACCAUGAGGCCCUCAUCGACCAGUAUUUAAGGGACCCCAACCUCCAAGAGAAGUACCGAGUAGGACUGAACCGAAUUGCUGCCAAGGAGGUGCCCAUUGAGAUCAAGCCAGUAAACCCGCCUACCCUGAGCCAGCUGCAGAGCAUGGAGCCUAAGCAGAUGUUCUGGGUGCGAGCCCGGGGCUACAUUGGGGAGGGCGACAUGAAGAUGCACUGCUGCGUGGCUGCCUACAUCUCGGACUACGCCUUCCUGGGCACAGCGCUGCUGCCUCACCAGUGGCAGUACAAGGUGCACUUCAUGGUCUCUUUGGACCACUCCAUGUGGUUCCACACUCCCUUCCGAGCUGACCACUGGAUGCUCUAUGAGUGUGAGAGCCCCUGGGCUGGUGGCUCCCGGGGGCUGGUCCAAGGGCGGCUGUGGCGUCGGGAUGGCGUCCUGGCUGUGUCCUGUGCCCAGGAGGGUGUGAUCCGAGUGAAGCCCUGGGCCUCAAAGAGCAAGCUGUAGCCAGAGGGACCAGCUCAGCCUAGGGCUUCAAGGAUUGCCCCUCUCCCCCCAACUUCCUACAGUCGAGGGCUGGGCCUUCUGUCCGCAAACCCAAUAAAGAGACUAGUACCACUGGA